CAUUGCUAAUGCCGCGUCGCGGUUACUAAGGGGUGGAGAAGCUAGUGAUAGGCGCCACAGUGGAGCGGCUUAGAGAUCCCCGGGAGGGUCGCAGGCGCGCAUCCCGCCUGCUCGGGACGACGGCCCCACGGUCGCCUCGGAGGCGGAAGCGACGCCGGAGGCAGGUGAAGAAACAAGUGAAGAAGCAAAAAAGGAAGGAAAUCAAGGGGGCUUUCCCAAGGUUAAAGAUCAAGGAGAUGGCCGCAUCAGGAAUCUACAAGCUGGAUGAUGGGAAACCUUACCUGAGCAACUGCUUUCCAGCCAAAAAUCUUCUUCGGAUACCAGAGGAGGGCCGAGGACACUGGUUAGUAGCUCGGAAGUGUAACUUCAAGAAGAAACCCAAGGCUAUGGUUGAGGCACAAGCUGAAAGUCCAGAAAGUGAGAAGACUUCUUUUGACACCUCGGAAAAGAAAGUGUCUCGGCGGAAAAACCAAGCAGACCUUCGAGAACAUGUCCUAGACCGGGCUUUUCUGCUGAAGCACCAUUGUGUGAAGAAGCCAUCAGAAUUAUGCAACAUCAAUGCUAAGGAAAAGGACUUCAAGCAUUUCCAUUCUGUGAUUUAUAUCAAUGCCUCAGAAAACCUGCUACCUCUAGAGGCAUUUCACACUUUUCCAACUUUAAAGGAACUGGAACUUGCAUUUAAUGGCAUCAAAACAGUCUACGUGAAAUAUGGCGACUUCAAGUACUUGGAAUUCCUGGACCUUUCCUUCAACAGCCUGACGGGAGAGGCCAUCUGUGACCUGGGGAUUUUGCCACACCUCCGCGUCCUGCUGCUUACAGGCAAUGGGCUCACCUCCUUGCCCGCCAGUUUGGCUGUCUCAGAGCAGGAAUCAUCGGCAACACCCGUGGCAAGCAAGAGCUACAUCCUGAGGUUCCCAGCGCUGGAGACGCUAAUGCUGGAUGACAACAGACUCUCCAAUCCCAACUGCUUUGCCAGCCUGGCGGGGCUCCGGAGACUGAAGAAGUUAAGCCUGGACCAAAACAGGAUUUCCAGGAUCCCGUACCUACAGCAGGUUCAGCUCCGCGAAGGGUCUGCAGACUGGGUUGGAGGCAGGGGAAGUCCCCGGAAGGACUCCCCAUCCGCACUGCCUCCCAAGCCGUGGAUGUUUGAGCCUUCGGAUGAGCAACCAGACUAUACCAUACUGCCCAUGAAAAAGGAUGUGGACCGGACAGAAGUGGUGUUCUCAUCUUAUCCUGGAUUUUCAACCUCAGAGACAACCAAGGUAUGUGCACUUCCUCCCAUAUUCGAAAUUCUUCCUGUGAAGUCCCUGAAAGCCAGGAACCAGACGCUGGCCCCACCCUUCCCAGAGCUGAGAUACCUUAGCCUGGCCUACAACAAGAUUGCCAAGGAAGAUGCCAUGCUGCCUGUGGCUCUCUUCCCAUCUCUCUCUGAGCUCAUCUUUCAUAACAACCCUCUGGUGGCGCACACACGAGGAGUCCCUCCACUGCUGAAAAGCUUCCUUCACGAUCGGCUGGGGAUCCACCUAGUUCGCAGGAAGAUAGUGAAGGCCAAGCACCAUAUGUUGAUGCCUCGGAAGGACUCACGGAAGGUAAAAACCCAAGUCCCAAAGGUGCCAAAGCAGCCGCUGAUUCUCCAUCAACCGUCCAUCACCAAGUCUUCCUCAAAGGAGAUGCUGGAGUCAGAAGCAGGGCUGCCUGAAGAGCCGCCCACCACCAGACACAUACCGGUGAACAUAGGGAUACCCAUUGAGGGCCCGGGGGGCCUGUCCUUGUCUCGCCGGACCUUUGUGCCUCUGCCUCCCAUCUGCUCACACUCCACGGUGCAAAGUGAAGAAAGCGUAUCUCACCACAGCGACAUGGCCGGCCACCUGUCAGAUGAAGACAACACGAGCACAGAGUCUGUCUUCUUGACCCAGGUGAAUGCGUUGCCUUCCCCCAUCUUCCAGAGGGAUCACUCAGAGUUGAAAGAGAAAGUCCAAAGGAGACCACAAACAGCACCCAGAGACGUAAAGAAGCCUCCGAGGAAGCUCUUAUCUGCCUCCCUCCCCAGCAAGUACCACGGCUAUGAGGAGCUGCUGACAGCCAGGCCUGAUCCCUCCUAUAUUGAACCAAAGGGAAUCCAGAAGAACGCACAGGCCCUGCAGCACAUGCUCAAGCACCCGCUCCUGUACCGCUCCUCCAAGCCGAGGCUGGACACCCUGCAGAAACGCUAUGUUCCCAAGGAGAAGCGGACCCAGAAGAUCCCUGCUCCACCCCCACGGAAGACUCGAGCCCAGCUGCUGGAUGACAUCCUCAUUCGCAUGAGGGACCCCCGGAACAUCACAGAGGCGCCACUCGCUGCUGUCCUGCGCCGGCAGACAGAGCAGCGGCUGGUGAACCAGAAGCAGUACGUGGAGGCCAAGAAGCUGCUGAAGGAGUUCCGGGCCCGCUACAGGCGGCUGGUGCGCAGCUCACUGCGGACAGUGUUCGGAGCCUCGGAGCCAGCCCCAGCCCGGCCCGCGUUGAGCGAAGGCGAGACUAAAUAUGGCCACUUCCUCGAGCUCAUGGACGAGUUCUGCCAGGAGCCCGUGGCCAGUGACUCAAAAGGCUAGGGCCGUGCAGGGCAUGUACAAGCCGUCCAGCGGGUGCCCACACCUCACGCCCUCCCCCUCCCUGAGGGGGCCGUGCCUUCCACCGGGACCGCUAGGCCUAUGUGGGCCCUGGAGUCGGGCUCAGCCUGGCUGACUGGCUGGCCGCAGAGAGUGGGGAACUCAGGAACCCCCCUAUCUCGGGCUAACAGGCCCUGGGGCCUGGGUCAGCAUCA